AUGGGAGAACCAAAACCUUUGACCGCUUAUCAGCAAACUUAUCACUGGAGGAACAAGAAUUGCGCUCCCUUCGCACAGGACUGGGUGAAGAAGUCCUUACCAGGCUUGAAAGUCGAGCAUGGACCUGCUUCGGCUGAGAUUGUAGAGGUUACAAGUGUUUCGGGCGAUUGUGAUUUGGGUCAACGUAAAGGAAAACUACUUACGAUCUACGACCUCGAGGUAGAAGCUAAAUGGACGGGUAAAGCUGGAGAUGGAAGUGAUGUCGAAGGUACCUUGAAGAUACCGGAGGUCAGCCAUGAAGCUAUCGAUGGUUUGUCAGACUACGUUUUUGAAUGGCGUGUCACCUCAUCGUCAUCCGGACCAUCGUCAGAACUCCUAUCCCACAUCAAAUCCUCUUUCCCUCCUGUCCUCACUUCCAAACUCAACACAUUCCGAGCCGACCUCUUAGCAGCCUACGGUAAUCCAUCAGCGGAUGAUUCACCGGCACCUUCAGGUACAUCCACCCCUCAACCAGGUUCGUCCUCAUACUCCCCUGCACCACCUGCGAAACCAGUAGAAGCGGAGAAGAAAGUGGAGGAGACAAAGAAGGAUGUAGGAAAGACGGUGACGGUAGAGCAGAAAGCAGACUUGCAAGCCUCGGCGGAAGAUUUAUGGGGUCUGUUGACGGAUGAGAACAAGGUGCCCAUGUGGAGUAGAUCAGCUGCUAAGAUCAAUCUCACGCCCGAUGCUCCAUACGAACUUUUCGGUGGUAACGUCAGAGGAAAGAUCAUCUCGGUAGAAGCUCCCAAGAGAUUAGUGCAGACUUGGCAAGUCCGAAGUCCAAGCUGGCCCUCAGAUCAUUAUGGUACAAUGACCUUGACUCUGGAUCAGGGAUCGUCCUCUACUUCCGCCACUUUCACCCUCGACGGCGUACCUGCCGGUAACGAAGCGGAAGUAGAAAAGGCUUUGGAUGCUUUCUACAUCCGAGGUCUCAAACAAAUGGGGUUAGUACUAUCCUCUUCUUCUCGCUCUUACUCUACUCCUUUAUCUCGUAUAUCUUCUACCGCCAGAUCCAGACCAAAGAAGUUACGGAAGAAGACCAGUUCGAGCUCGAACUUCCCUAAAUGGUCUUCUUCCACUUUGAUCGGAAGCGGUGUGGUAGUCGCCUUGUCGGCAGUAUUGGUGGGAAUAGUGUAUACUUCCCUUCCAUCUUCUUCUUCUCGUGUAUAG